UUUUUCAUGGCGCCUCAUGGAGAAGCUAUUGCUACCAAUUACUCUACCUCCACCAGAAACAUCUCCAAAUCCAAACCACCAAGGCUCUCAUUCUCAUCCGAUAGCCUUAAAAGAACCAUAUCGGAUAUCUCUUUCGAACUCAGCAAGGAGAGUUCUAUCGAGGAUAUCAAAGCACUUCCACCCAUUUCGGAGGUUGAAGACGCGAGGUGUGAGUGCUGUGGCAUGAGCGAAGAGUGCACACCCGAGUACAUAGACCGAGUGCGAGACAAGUACUUGGGGAAGUGGAUCUGCGGGUUGUGUGCCGAGGCAGUGAAAGAAGAGCUGGAGAAAAAUGGAGGAAACAAAGAAGAGGCCUUGAAUGCACACAUAAGUGCAUGUGUAAGGUUUAACAAGUAUAGCAGGGCUUAUCCAGUUUUGUUCCAAGCUGAAGCUAUGAAAGAUAUGUUGAAGAAGAGCAAACUGGAAGGUAAAAGUGUGAGGGCCAAGUCCAUCAGUCCUAGGGACAAAGGAACAAGGAAGGGUGUGAUUGCUCGGAGUUCGAGCUGCAUUCCGGCAAUUACUAGGGAAAUGAGAUGAAUUACGAUAUCUCUAGGGGAGAUGGGCAAGGUUCUAUAUUUCUCUCCUAGAUCCUCUAUACUACUAUACUAGUACUGUCUGUGUGAAGCAAUUAGUAUAGUUCUCCCUCUAUAUUUUCUUAAACACUUUUAGGGUUUCUCAGCUUCCAAAUCUCCCCGUAACUAUUAUAUGUGUCUUUAUCUGAAGAGUCAACUCUAAAUGGGGUUUUUUCGAGGCCAUUCUGAGUUUCCAAGGCUUUGUUUAGCUUUUUUUUCAUGUCUAGUCCGUUGGCAUCCCACCUUUCAGUCAAUUCACUCUCUAGG